AUGGGCUGGACGAAAGAGACAACGAUCUGCGUGGCCUUGACGACCUCCGCGGAAGAGCAAAGCGUGCAUGCUAUCUAUCUGUACGUACAGCCCGGGGCCGUAACGGACACCCUUGGCGAGGAGCAGCACGCCGGACUAACGGUCGUACCCUUCGUAGUAUGGGCCUCAGAGCGUCGCCACCGACUCUCAAACCUCCGCUACCAGACGCCGCCAUGCUUCACCACGCCUCACGGGCUGCACGUCACCAAUACCCACGACUCGUCUCCAUGGACAUGUCCAUGUCUCCACAUUUCCGCCGAGAGCUCCGGUGCUAGGUGA